CAAAAUUCACAUACUGUACAUUCCCGUGAAGAACUCGUGUUUUACCGGCAAACCUGGUAAUCAGAAGGCGCGUUAAGUUCUCCGCUGAUGGUGGAUUGUAGUUUAGCGUGUGGGCACAAACGGCAAAGUGUUCGCUCCACUGCGCGCUGCGGUGCUUCUGACGCGCGAUGGAGAACCUUCAGAAAGAUGCGACUUUCUGGCCGCUGAACAGAUCACGGAGUGAGUCGAGCAGCGGAAACGAAAGUAUAGCUGCAAACCGAACCGAGAACCCUCUGAAGCGCAACGAGGAGGUGGCCAAAGUGGAAGUGGCAGUGUUGUUUGUGGUGCUGCUGCUCGCACUGGCCGGUAACCUGUGCGUACUGGCGGCGCUUCACGCGAGCAAACGCGCGCGCUCGCGCAUGCAUUUCUUCAUGAAACACCUGAGCAUCGCGGAUCUGGUGGUGGCCAUCUUCCAGGUGCUGCCGCAGCUCAUCUGGGAUAUCACGUUCCGCUUCUAUGGGCCAGACUUCUUGUGCCGCUUGGUGAAGUAUCUGCAGGUGGUGGGGAUGUUUGCCUCCACAUACCUGCUUGUGCUGAUGUCCGUGGACAGGUGCCUUGCAGUAUGCCAGCCUCUCCGCUCACUGCGGCGCAGGAAGGACCGUGAGUACGUUCUCGGGUCAUGGCUCCUGAGCCUGCUGCUCAGCCUCCCACAGACAUACAUCUUCUCCCUCAAGGAAGUGGGCCAGGGGGUCUAUGACUGCUGGGGAGACUUUGUGCAGCCAUGGGGGGCAAAAGCCUACAUAACCUGGAUAAGCCUUACCAUCUACAUCAUACCUGUUACCAUUCUGAGUGUGUGUUAUGGCCUCACAAGUUUUAAGAUAUGGCAAAACUUCAAGCAGAAGAGCAGAAAGGAUCAGCCUCUAAGAUUGUCUGGGGAGCUGGCCGAUAGUGCAGCACUUUCACGCGUCAGCAGUGUGAGACUCAUCUCUGAGGCGAAAAUCAGGACGGUGAAAAUGACAUUUGUUGUCGUCUUGGCCUACAUUGUGUGCUGGACGCCAUUCUUCUUCGUGCAGAUGUGGUCAGCUUGGGAUCCUAUGGCACCAAGAGAGGAAAUGGCAUUCAUUAUUACCAUGCUUCUGGCUAGCCUGAACAGUUGCUGUAACCCCUGGAUCUACAUGUUCUUUGCUGGCCACCUGUUGCGUGACCUGAUGCACAACUGCCUGAUAACAUUACGCUGUAACAGUGUGGGGCAGCAGAGUCCUAAUGGCCAUGCAGGAGAAAUAGUGAUGAAGGACACUGGCAGCCAGAGGAGCCUCACUCAAACAUCGUAAACUACGUAACACAGCAGACUGCAAGGAAGGCAAGAGAAAUGAGGACAAACUCUCUGCAAACCAUGGCUGCAAAUGGGGAAAACACCUACAUAUAGUUGACUUACAGAGGCUCUUUGGUCUGGACUUUACUGACUUGUACUAUAAGAAAAGUUAUUCAUAUGGACAGAUACAAUCAUUAAAGACCUGAUAAUAAACCUCAGGACCAAUGUAUUAAAAUACAUGUUGCAGUUUAAUUCUCUACAGAGACAGAAACUACUACCAACUAUUGUCUCAAAGCACACUGGCCAGCCACACACCAGCGAAAUACUGAAUACUUUUGCAUUUGAACAUAUUCAUCUGUCCCACACCACCCUAUUCCAGAAUGUAUUAUUUGUGUUAUUGCACUGGACUAAUGGCAACAGUUAAACUCCAGCAGUGAAAGCCCUGUAAUGGUUUUUAUUACUAAACUACUUACCUUUGACACAGAUCCCUUUCAGAGCUACUCUGGAGACAUUAAUAGGUCAUGUCCAGUUCAUUUUGUCCUUGCCAACCUAAAUUUGUUGCUGAAACCAGUUGUGUCUUCUUCCCUUACCUAUUUACUCAGCACUUGCUUGACUACGUUAGAGCUGAAUUAGACACAGUUACUUCUCACUAAAAAUACUAUAUGUUAUAAAAAAGUCCUUAUCAUACACUAUAUUGCCAAACCUUUUGGGACAUCUGCCUUUACAUGCACAUGAACUUUAAUGACAUCCCAUUCUUAAUCCGUAGGGUUUAAUGUGGAGUUGGCCCACCCUUUGCAGCUAUAACAGCUUCAACUCUUCUGGGAAGGCUUUCCACAAGGUUUAGGAAUGUGUUUAUGGGAAUUUUUGACUGUUCUUCUAGAAGCGUAUUUGUGAGGUCAGGCCCUGAUGUUGGACGAGAAGGCCUGGCUUGCAGUCUCUGCCCUAAUUCAUCCCAAAGGUGUUCUAUCGGGUUGAGGUCAGGACUCUGUGCAGGCCAGUCAAGUUCCUCCACACCAAACUCGCUCAUUCAUGUCUUUAUGGACCUUGCUUUGUGCACUGGUGCACAGUCAUGUUGGAACAGGAAGGGGCCAUCCCCAAACUCUUCCCACAAUGUUGGGAGCAUGAAAUUGUCCAAAAUGUCUUGGUACGCUGAAGCAUUAAGAGUUCCUUUCACUGGAACUAAGGGGCCAAGCCCAACCCCUGAAAAACAACCCCACACCAUAAUCCUCCCUCCACCAAACUUUACACUUGGCACAAUGUAGUCAGACAAGUACCGUUCUCCUGGCAACCACCAAACCCAGAUUCGUCCAUCGGAUUGCCAGACAGAGAAGCGUGAUUCGUCACUCCAGAGAACACGUCUCCACUGCUCUAGAGUCCAGUGGCGGCGUGCUUAACACCACUGCAUCCAAUGCUUUGCAUUGCACUUGGUAAUGUAAGGCUUGGGUGCAGCUGCUCGGCCAUGAAAAUCCAUUCCAUGAAGCUCUCUAUGCACUGUUCUUGAGCUAAUCUGAAGACCACACGAAGUUUGGAGGUCUGUAGCUAUUGACUCUGCAGAAAGUUGGCGACUUCUGCACACUGUGCACCUCAGCAUGCGCUGACCCCGCUCUGUGAUUUUAUGUGGCCUACCACUUUGUGGCUGAGUUGCUAUUGUUCCCAAUUGCUUCCACUUUGUUAUAAUACCACUAACAGUUGACCGUGGAAUAUUUAGUAGUGAGGAAAUUUCACGAAUGGACUUAUUCGGUCCUUAGGUGGCAACUUAUCACUGUACCACGCUUGAAUUCACUGAGCUCCUGAGAGCGACCCAUUCUUUCAGAAAUGUUUGUAGAAGCAGUCUGCAUGCCUAGGUGCUUGAUUUUAUGCACCUGUGGCCAUGGAAGUGAUUGGAACACCUGAAUUCAAUGAUUUGGAGGGGUGUCCCAAAACUUUUGGCAAUAUAGUGUAUGUUGUAGGACAAAAUAUG